UUACGUCGCGGCGGGCGGAAGUGGCGCCGCUUGUUUGAAAUCGGCUGAGUGGCCCCCAGCCGGACCGCAGCCGCCGCGUGUCAUGUCCACCCCUCCGCUGGCGCCCGGGGGCAUGGCGUCCGGGCCCUUCGGCGGCCCGCAGGCUCAGCAGGCCGCCCGCGAGGUCAACACGGCCACGCUGUGCCGCAUCGGGCAGGAGACGGUGCAGGACAUCGUGUACCGCACUAUGGAGAUCUUCCAGCUGCUCAGGAACAUGCAGCUGCCAAAUGGUGUCACUUACCAUACUGGAACUUACCAAGACCGGUUAACAAAGCUACAGGACCAUCUUCGCCAACUGUCUAUUCUCUUCAGGAAGCUGCGGUUGGUCUAUGACAAAUGUAAUGAGAACUGCGGCGGGAUGGACCCCAUUCCCGUUGAGCAACUUAUUCCAUAUGUGGAUGAGGAUGGCUCAAAGAAUGAUGACCGGACUGGCCCACCUCGCUUUGCUAGCGAAGAGAGACGAGAAAUUGCGGAAGUAAAUAAAAAACUCAAACAGAAGAAUCAACAGCUGAAGCAGAUUAUGGAUCAAUUACGGAAUCUCAUCUGGGACAUAAAUGCCAUGUUGGCAAUGAGGAACUAAACUGAUAUUUAAAUCUUCUGCUCUUCUCAAGUGAUCCAAUUGGAUUCCCCCCCCCC